GGCCGCAGCGGGCAGCGGGGCCGGGCCAUGCGGGAGCUGCGCUCGUCCUCCUUCUGGAGGGCCAUCCUGGCCGAGUUCCUGGGCAGCCUCCUUUACACCCUGCUGGGGCUGGGGGCUUCGCUACGCUGGUCCCCGGGCCCCCACGGGGUCCUGGGGUCCGCUUUGGCCUUCGGGCUGGCCCAGGCCACCCUGGUGCAGGCGCUGGGGCACGUCAGCGGAGGGCACCUCAACCCGGCCAUCACGCUGGCCUUCCUGCUGGCCUCGCAGCUCUCCCUGCCCCGCGCCCUGGGCUACCUGCUGGCCCAGCUGCUGGGCGCCCUGGCGGGGGCCGGCGUCCUCUAUGGGGUGACACCGGCCGCCGUGCGCGGCACGCUGGGCGUCAGUGCGGUGAGCGGGGCUGGGGGGCGGCCCUCCGCC